AUGUCUUCUAACAUCUAUUUGACAUAGACUUAAAUUCAUGAGUUAUUUAAAAUUUGUGAAUUUAAAACAACUGAUGUUAAAAAACUCGAAAUCCCCUCUUUUAGGGAGGUUGAAUAAAGUACACAUUUACCUGAAUUCCAGUAGGAAGUAUAAAUAUUGGAUUAUUAUUUAGAUAUGCCCUUUCUCUUCAGAUUCCAAGAAGGAAGAUAAUUAUACAACUAACCCUACAAAUAAUACAAAUAGACAUCCAAGUUAAGAUUCAAUCUUUGAAAUUAAGGAUGACACUGUUAGAAGUAUAUCAAAUAGUUUAUUUAGUUCAGUAUCAAAGUUAGAAUAUGAGAAUUUAAAAAGAGAUGCUCUUUGUUAUUAAACUCUGGUUAAACAAAAUAAAGAAUUGAAAACUAACAAAUAGAUAAUCAUCUAACUAAAUUAAUAAAAAUGUAAUAUAAUAAUUUCUAUUUUUUAGCUUAGCUUUCAAUUGUGUAAGAGAAUAAUAAAAAAAUGUAGAGACAUAUUUAUGAACUCUUAUAGAAUAUAAAAUCUAUUGAAAAUGAAAAUUAAAAAUAUUAAGAUGAUAUAUUAUAACUUAGAUUAUAAAUAUAAGAUUAAUUAAAAAUCAUAUAAUAAGGUAAAAUAGACUAAGAAAGGAUUAAAAUAUCAAUUAUUUAAAAAGAUGAAGCUUAUAUUAAAUUAAAAGAUAAUUAUGAUAAAUUAGUAAAAGAUUUAGAAAGAAGUAAAAAUAGCAAAAGUGUUCAAAGAGGUACUUACUUAUCAAAUAAUCCUUCGAACCCUUCGCUAAAAGGAUUGACAAAGAUUAAUCAUAAAAAUUACUGCAAUUAAAGCUUAAUUAUUGAAAAAUAGAGUUGA